CCGGGGCCUGGCGCUGGGAUAGGGGCGGGCUAAGAGGCUUGCAAUGCAGCAGCAGCAGCAGCAGCAGCAGCAGAAAACCGGAGACUGGCAGGCACAGGCAGGCAGAUGUGUGCUCGGAGACAAAGCCGAAAGCUCGCCAGGCCGCCGCUAUCGCCGCUGAAUCAAAAGCCGGCUUUUAUUUCAAUUUCGGGCGGGGGGAGCCGGGGAGCGUCGGCUCAGAAGACCUCUCGGUAGGCCGGGCUGUGCCCCCAACUUCUCUCCCCACCGAUUUGCCUCCGCCGCCCGCAAUGCUUUGCAGCUGAUGCCUCGCCGGAGCAGCCAAGAUGGGGUUUUUGCACCAGUUGUAUCUCUUGCUAUGGAAGAAUGUUACCCUCAAGCGACGGAGUCCGUGGGUGCUGGCUUUCGAGAUCUUCAUCCCUUUGGUCCUCUUCUUCAUUCUGCUGGGGCUACGACAGAAGAAACCCACCAUCCCUGUGAAAGAAGCAUACUACACAGCAGCCCCUCUCACCUCUGCUGGGAUCUUGCCAGUGAUGCAAUCCCUGUGUCCCGAUGGACAACGAGAUGAAUUUGGCUUCUUGCAAUAUUCCAACUCCACAGUAACGCAGUUGCUGGAGCGGCUCAACGAAGUGGUGGAGAAGAGUAACCUGUUUGAUCCAGAUCAUGCUGGCCUGGAGGAGGAGCUGGAGUCCUUACGGCGCCACCUGGAGUCUCUCAGCAGCAGUGAACCCAACACCAUGGAGACUCAUUUCAGCAACCGGGCAGCCCCCGGCUUCACGCUGGACUCGACUGCCAAGGACAAGCUGGAGUUCCAGCGGUUCCUCAUGCAGAACCUUUCUCUAUCCAACGAGACUGCUGAGCUGUUGGCAGGGUCCAAAAUUAACCUCAAAGAGGUUUACCGACUGUUUUUUGGCACCUCUCCGGUCUCCGCAGAGGGUUUCCAUGAGCCAUGGGACCAAUUCAGCACAGCUGAGAAGCUUCUUCACUUGGAGGAAAGUCUUCUCGGCAGCUGGAGGACCGUGGAAGAUGGGCUGGUCCGCCAGGCCUUGCGCCAUCCUCAGAAGGGCUCCCACAAGCAGGCCUUCCUGCACCUCCUUUCUCACGCCUUGGGCCUUGCUAGCCCUACCACAGAGUCUUCCAGUACCUACAGCCCCCAAACCUUUGUAAAGGACAUGGAGAGCAUCCUUUUCACGGCAGCUGUGCUGGAGAGCCUCACCUGCCAGCAGAACCAGGAUGAGCUGAGGCGCAUCCUGAUUGUUCCAGAGAGCCGGCUCCCCCUUCUGCGAGCAUACCAAGCCACCGUCUGCAAUAAGAGCACCAGCCUGCGCAAGGAGUAUUUUGGACAGCUGGCUGCCGAGUUGAAGGAGCAGCUGGAUGCUCACAAGAUCAUCAGCCAGUUGAAACUUGACGAGGUGAACAGCACGGCAGCCAGGAACCGUCUCCACACUGUGCUGGAGGACCUGAUGGAGAUGGAGAACGUCUUGAAGGACGUGGACAUCCUCUCGGCGCUUGCCAAGCUCCUCCCCAAGGGGGCCUGCACCUCCAAAGCACCCACCACCACCUCCAACAGCACCAGCUCCACCGGGAACUUCACCUCCAGCACCAAUUCCAGCGCUGAGGAGGGCAAGGGGGAGAGUGAGGCACCCACAGAGAACCCCCAAGGGCAGUGCUCGGCCUUCGUCCAGCUCUGGGCCGGCCUGCAGCCCAUCCUCUGCGGCAACAACCGGACCAUUGAGCCAGAGGCCCUGAAACAGGGCAACAUGAGCUCUCUGGGAUUCACCAGCAAAGAGCAGCGGAAUCUGGGCCUUCUCGUUCACCUCAUGACCAGCAACCCCAAGAUCCUCUACGCUCCCGUGGGCACAGAAGUGGACAAGGUCAUUCUGAAGGCCAACGAGACCUUUGCCUUCGUCGGGAACGUGACUCACUAUGCCCAAGUGUGGAUGAACAUGUCGGCGGAGAUCCGCAGUUUCCUGGAAGAGGGCAGGUUGCAGCAACGGAUUAGCAGGCUGCAGCAGAUCGCUGCAGAUCUUCGCAAGCACCCCGAAAUCCUGAACGUGUCAGAUGGUGACCUGCUUCACAACUUCUUGGACAGUAACUUUUCUUUGCCCAACGCCAGUGUGCUCCUGCAGCAGCUGGACACCAUUGACAAUGCAGCCUGUGGCUGGAUUCAGUUCAUGUCCAAGGUCAGCGUGGACAUCUUUAAGGGCUUUCCAGAUGAGGAGAGCAUUGUCAACUACACUCUCAAUCAAGCCUACCAAGACAACGUCACUGUUUUUGCCAGUGUGAUCUUCCAAACAAACAAAGAUGGCACUCUCCCUCCUCACGUCAUGUACAAGAUCCGGCAAAAUUCCAGCUUCACAGAAAAGACAAAUGAGAUCCGCCGUGCGUAUUGGCGGCCUGGGCCAAACACCGGGGGCCGUUUCUACUUCCUUUACGGCUUUGUCUGGAUCCAGGAUAUGAUGGAACGAGCCAUCAUCAACACCUUCGUGGGCCACGAUGUGGUUGAACCCGGAAACUACGUGCAGAUGUUUCCAUACCCGUGCUACACCCGCGAUGACUUUCUGUUCGUCAUUGAGCACAUGAUGCCCCUCUGCAUGGUCAUCUCCUGGGUAUACUCAGUGGCAAUGAUGAUUCAGCAUAUUGUGGCAGAGAAGGAGCACCGCUUGAAAGAGGUGAUGAAAAUGAUGGGGCUGAACAACGCGGUGCAUUGGGUGGCCUGGUUUAUCACAGGGUUUGUCCAGCUUUCCAUCUCAGUCACAGCGCUGACUGCCAUUCUAAAGUACGGGAAGGUUCUGAUGCACAGUGACGUCUUCAUAAUUUGGCUCUUCCUUGCCAUCUAUGCUGUGGCCACCAUCAUGUUCUGCUUCCUGGUGUCAGUGCUGUAUUCCAAAGCCAAGCUGGCUUCGGCCUGUGGCGGCAUCAUCUACUUUCUCAGCUACGUCCCUUACAUGUACGUCGCCAUCCGGGAAGAGGUGGCGCAUGACAAGAUUACCGCAUUUGAGAAGUGCAUUGCUUCUCUGAUGUCCACCACUGCCUUUGGUCUGGGCUCUAAGUACUUCGCCCUCUACGAGGUGGCAGGUGUGGGCAUCCAGUGGCACACCUUCAGCCAGUCGCCCGUGGAGGGGGAUGACUUCAACCUGCUCCUUUCCAUGAUGAUGUUGAUCAUUGACGCCGUAGUCUACGGGGUGCUGACAUGGUAUAUUGAGGCUGUACACCCAGGAAUGUAUGGACUUCCCAGGCCCUGGUACUUCCCCUUUCAGAAAUCCUACUGGUUGGGAAAUGGGCGCACAGAGACAUGGGAGUGGACAUGGCCCUGGUCACGAACCACCCGCCUGAGCAUCAUGGAGGAAGACCAAGCUUGUGCCAUGGAGAACAGAAGGCUGGAUGAGACUCGUGGGAUUGAGGAGGAGCCGACCCACCUUCCACUGGUGGUUUGUGUGGACAAACUGACCAAGAUCUACAAGACAGACAAGAAGUUGGCUUUGAACAAGCUGAGCCUCUACCUCUACGAGAACCAGGUGGUCUCUUUCCUGGGCCACAACGGAGCUGGCAAGACCACAACCAUGUCCAUCCUGACAGGCCUCUUCCCUCCAACCUCUGGCUCGGCUACCAUUUAUGGCCACGACAUCCGGACGGAGAUGGAUGAGAUCCGGAAGAACCUGGGCAUGUGCCCGCAGCACAACGUGCUUUUUGACAAGCUGACUGUGGAGGAGCACCUGUGGUUCUACUCGCAGCUCAAAGGCAUGGCAGAAGAGGAGAUACGCAAGGAGAUGGACAAGAUGAUUGAAGACCUGGAGCUGACCCACAAGUGCCACUCCCUGGUGCAGACGCUGUCAGGAGGGAUGAAGAGGAAGCUGUCGGUGGCCAUCGCCUUUGUCGGAGGGUCCCGGGCUGUCAUCUUGGACGAGCCCACUGCUGGCGUGGACCCCUAUGCACGGAGAGCUAUUUGGGACCUCAUCCUCAAAUACAAACAAGGAAGGACUAUCCUCCUGUCCACGCACCACAUGGAUGAGGCUGACCUCCUGGGUGACCGCAUCGCCAUCAUCUCUCAUGGGAAGCUGAAGUGCUGCGGGUCCCCCCUCUUUCUGAAGAGCACCUAUGGUGACGGGUACAAGCUUACCGUCGUUAAGAAGCAGUCGGACGCCCGAGCCAAUGCUGAGUCUGGGCAGACCCACAGCUCUCCCUGCCAGUCUUCUAUCAGCCCUUGCUCCGAAGCACGAGUCACACAGUUCAUCAAGAAGUAUGUUGCUUCCUGCCUCCUCAUCUCUAACACCAACACAGAGCUCUCCUACAUCCUCCCCAGUGAAGCAGUCAAGAAGGGCUGUUUCGAAAGGCUCUUCCAGCACCUGGAGCACAGUUUGGAUGACCUAGACCUGACCAGUUUUGGCCUGAUGGACACUACCCUGGAAGAGGUUUUCCUCAAGGUCUCAGAGGAAGACCAGUCUCUGGAGAACAGUGAUGUCGAUGUCAAAGAGUCCCAAAAGGACAGCUUCCCUCUGCCCGACUCCCAACUGGGCCCCAAGGCUGAGGCUAACGGGGAACUCCUCCUAGGGGCAGAGACUCUGGAGAAGCCGGAGGCAGACCAGGGGAACCUGCGGGCCUGCUCCCAGCUCACCCAGUCUCAGACGUCACUGCAGUCGUCGUCCUCAGCCGGCUCUGUGAGAGGCGAUGAAGGUGGGGCUUAUUCGGAGUUCUAUGGGGAUUACUCUCCGUUGUUUGAUAACCCGCAAGACCCUGAUAACGCCAGUCUGCAAGACCCAGAGGCAGACCUGGAUGAACAUGCGCUGGUGGGGCAGGGAAGCCUCAAACUGGAGGGCUCUUGGCUCAAGCUGCGCCAAUUCCACGGGCUCAUCGUCAAGCGGUUCCACUGUGCCAAGCGGAACACCAAGGCACUCUUCUCCCAGAUCCUGCUGCCUGCGUUCUUCGUCUGUGUAGCCAUGACAGUGGCGCUCUCCGUGCCCGAGAUAGGAGACCUACCUCCUCUCAUCCUCUCGCCGUCCCAGUACCACAACUACACCCAACCCAAAGGCAACUUCAUCCCAUAUGCCAACGAGGAACGGCGCGAAUACCGGUUCAAGCAGUCAGCGGAUGCGAAGCCCCAGCAGUUGGUUGAGACCUUCUACCGUCCCUCGGGGGUGGGGGCAACCUGUGUGCUCAAGACGGCUUUCAACAGCACAUUGGACCAGCUGGUGCAGUCCCUGAACCUCAACAGCAAUGAGUCGAAGAUGCUGGCAGCAAAGUACUUUGAUGCUAUGUGCGUGGAUUCCUUCACCCAGGGCCUGCCCCUCUCCAAUUUUGUGCCGCCCCCUCCGUCACCUGCCCCUUCCGACUACCCCUUCUCCCUGGACGAGGACUUGCUGAGAGCCUGGAACUCCACCACUUACCCCUCCACUGUCAGAGAGACGGUCACUUCUGCCCCAUCACUGGCCAGCAUCAUCCAUGAGCCCAUCAAAUGCACUUGCUCUAUGCAGGGCACUGGCUUUUCCUGCCCCAGCGGAGUCGGGGGCCACCCACCACAGAGGAAGGUUGUGACAGGCGACAUUCUGGUGGACAUUACUGGGCGCAACGUCUCAGAGUACUUGCUGUAUACGUCAGACCGCUUUCGGCUGCAUCGGUACGGAGCAAUGACCUUUGGCAAUCUCCUGAAAUCCAUACCAGCAUCCUUUGGGGCCAAAGCUCCUCCCAUGGUGCAGAAGAUUGCUGUUCGGAGAGCUGCCCAGGUUUAUUACAACAACAAGGGCUACCACAGCAUGCCUACGUACCUCAACACCCUCAACAAUGCCAUCCUCCGUGCCAACCUGCCCAAGACCAGGGGGAACCCUGCUGCCUAUGGUAUCACCCUGACCAACCACCCGAUGAACAAAACCAGUGCCAGCCUCUCCUUGGAUUACCUCCUGCAGGGCACCGACGUGGUUAUCGCCAUCUUCAUCAUUGUGGCCAUGUCCUUUGUGCCGGCCAGCUUCGUGGUCUUCCUGGUGGCAGAGAAGUCCACCAAAGCCAAGCACCUCCAGUUUGUGAGCGGCUGUGACCCAGUGAUCUACUGGCUGGCCAAUUACGUCUGGGACAUGUUGAAUUACCUGGUCCCAGCAACCUGCUGCAUUAUCAUCCUCUUUGUCUUUGACCUGCCAGCAUACACCUCGCCCACCAACUUUCCAGCUGUGCUCUCCCUCUUCCUGCUUUAUGGCUGGUCCAUCACCCCCAUCAUGUACCCAGCAUCCUUCUGGUUUGAGGUGCCCAGCUCAGCUUACGUCUUCCUAAUCGUCAUCAACCUGUUCAUUGGCAUCACUGCCACCGUGGCCACGUUCCUGCUGCAGCUUUUUGAGCACGACAAGGACCUGAAAGUAGUGAACAGCUACUUAAAAAGCUGCUUCCUGAUUUUCCCAAACUACAACCUGGGCCAUGGGCUGAUGGAGAUGGCCUAUAACGAAUACAUCAACGAAUACUAUGCUAAGAUUGGGCAAUUUGACAAAAUGAAGUCACCAUUCGAGUGGGACAUCGUGACCAGGGGCUUGGUUGCCAUGACGAUUGAAGGCUUUGUGGGCUUCUUCAUCACCAUCAUGUGCCAGUAUAAUUUCUUCCGGAAACCACAACGUCUUCCUGUGUCGAGCAAACCUGUUGAGGAUGAUGUGGAUGUAGCAAAUGAGCGCCAUCGAGUCUUGCGGGGAGAUGCUGACAACGACAUGCUGAAGAUCGAGAACCUCACCAAGGUGUACAAAUCCCGCAAGAUUGGACGCAUCCUGGCCGUGGACCGACUGUGUGUGGGCGUCCGCCCAGGAGAGUGUUUUGGCUUGCUGGGUGUCAAUGGGGCCGGGAAGACGACCACCUUCAAAAUGCUCACAGGGGACGAGAGCACAACUGGUGGCGAGGCCUUCAUCAAUGGACACAGCAUCUUGAAGGACAUUCUCCAGGUGCAGCAGAGCUUGGGCUACUGCCCGCAGUUUGAUGCUCUCUUUGAUGAGUUGACGGCGCAAGAGCACCUGGAGCUGUACACCCGACUGCGCGGCAUCCCAUGGAAGGAUGAGGAGCGGGUUGUGAAGUGGGCACUAAAGAAGCUGGAGUUGGCCAAAUAUGCUAACAAACCUGCCAGCACCUACAGUGGCGGCAACAAGAGGAAGCUAUCUACAGCCAUAGCCCUUAUUGGCUACCCAGCCUUCAUUUUCCUGGACGAACCAACCACUGGCAUGGAUCCAAAGGCCAGGCGUUUCCUGUGGAACCUUAUCCUGGACAUCAUCAAGACGGGCCGCUCAGUGGUUUUGACAUCACACAGCAUGGAAGAGUGUGAGGCCCUCUGCACGCGCUUGGCAAUCAUGGUGAACGGGCGCCUGAAGUGCCUGGGCAGCAUCCAGCACCUAAAGAACAGGUUUGGAGACGGCUACAUGAUCACGGUGCGGACCAAAUCCAGCCUGAAUGUCAAGGAGGUAGUGCGGUUCUUCAACAGGAACUUCCCAGAGGCUGUCCUCAAGGAGAGGCACCACACAAAGGUGCAGUACCAGCUGAAGUCAGAGCAGAUCUCGCUGGCUCAGGUCUUCAGCAAGAUGGAGCAAGUGGUGGACAUCUUGGGCAUUGAGGAUUAUUCCGUCAGUCAGACCACACUGGACAACGUGUUUGUGAACUUCGCUAAGAAGCAGAGUGACAACCUAGAGCAGCAGGAGACCAGCCCGGCCUGUUCAAUGGAAUCACCUCUCCAGCGCUUCCUGAACCUUCUGCGGCCCCGUGCAGCCCCAACUGAGCUGCGGGCCCUAGUGGUGGAGGAGCCCGAGGACUUGGAAACAGAUGACGAGGGCCUGAUCAGCUUUGAAGAGGAGCGGGCUCAGCUCUCCUUCAACACCGACACGCUCUGCUGAGGAGUGGAGAAGAUGCAACCCCCUCCCUCGGCUUUUGGAACCACCAUGGACUCCGCCUCCCCCCACCCCCUCCUUGACAUCUACCUUCCUUGGCCCUCCCCCACAACCUCCAUCGAACCUCUGUCUAGCGGUAGUCGACAACUGCAAGAGGCAGGUGGUGAGGGGGCCCACCACACAAGCAUCUGAUCUGGGCAACUUGCUCUGGGCGGUUCCGUGUUGGCGGCUGGCAAGACCUGCAGAAAAGGAACUGGCCCAGUUGUUGGGGGUGGGAAGACACACUGCCUGAGUUGUGUCUGCAAGGAGAGCAGGAGGGCUUGCGUAAGGGAGCGUUUUUCCAGAAGCAGGAGAAGAGAUGGAGACCCCCUGAGCCCAGAAGUUGUCAAUUGGGACAGAACUCUGGUGUGUGUUUUUUGGCAUGGGGGGUGUCGUUAAUGGAGGGGUGUUUCCUGACUCUGAAGCAGCCAGCUAAUUAAACAACUUGCCUCUGGGAUCUCUGAAGGAUGUUUUUCGAAGAGGGCUAGCUGUUGAGGGGAGAAGCUUCAUUCAUCAGAAUGGCACUCCAAAUAUGAGGGCUGUUUGGGUGGACUGUGAGGGCUGCUUUUUUGCAGGGCUUAUUUGUAGGGAAGACCCUCCUUCCCCCUCUUUCUUACUUUGUCACUUAACGUGGGACAAAAAAAAGGGAUUGGUGGCACCACUUGCUUCUUACAGAGCUGGCAAAUGCUGUUGAAUCAAGGGUGUGUGUGCACGGGAUCACACACUCCCUCUGUCUCUGCUCACUCUAACUUAGGCCUGGAUUCUUCUGGGUUUUUUUACAAAAUGGAUGAUGCUGCCGUGCUGCUCUCUGCAACACCCACCCGCCCGAAGCACCCAACUAAUACUGCUACUCCUCCUGGCUGAAAACCACCUAAAGCUUUCAAAGGCAGAAACCUCCAGUGUGGAGCUUUGCAUAGUUGAGUGCUGGGGGUGUGGAGAGAGGGCUUCUUCUCAGCUGAACUUGGGCCCUGGGUCCUUUGCUGGAAAUGCCCCUCUGCCUGCAGUUUUGUCUUGGGGUUUGUAGGGAGUCCUCUAGUGAACGUACUCUUGAGCUGAACCUGAGCUACACACUCAUUGUGGCAAUAGAGCACAGAAUGCAGGAAGUGUUGGACCAGCAAGUUUAGGAAGAGUUGCUGCUGGCUGUCCUCCCAGGUCUGGCCUCUCUCACAGUCACGACUUAUCAGUUGGAGUUUGCCUUUGAAGGAUUGCAGUCCAGCCAGCUGAGUGCUGCAUAUUCUCUGAGUAACCAAUCACACACACACACACACACACACACACACACACCCCAGCUCUCUGGUAGUGUGGGCCUUUUUAUCUUGGCCAGCUUCUUGUAGUCAAUCAUUUCUGGCCUGAUGCCCCUGGAAAGUUCACAGGCAAGGGCACAUUUGAAAUAGACUGCCCCAACCAUGGGGGCUUGGUUGAACCACCAUGUCUCAUAGCUAUUGUUUCCUGUCUCCUCCGUGAAUUAUUCAUGCCCAGUGAACCAUCACCGCACCCUGCCUACAGAGGGAGUGCAAGGUUCCCUUUAAUUAAAAUUUUGGCUUGGAAUAGCGGUUGACCAUACCAAAGAGGGUUGAAAUAGCAAAUUAUGCAGGCAAUAUUUUCCACCUCAUCCCUCGCCAUGUUUCAGUGGACUUUGAAGACUGAAAGUGGGCUUCAAAGCCCUCUUGAACAUGGCAAGGAAUGAGGCCUGCUGCAUCCCCAAAGGGGCAGAGUUCCACUGCUCUGGGGCCAACACUGAAAAGUCUCUUAUUACAGCUGGCAAUUCACCUGGUAAGUCUUUUUAACAUGUAGAUGCCUUAGCAAAAAAAGACAGGUAGACGACGCCUUAGCAAAAUCUCUAGAUUGAUAUAUAUAAAUAGGUUCAGGUAACAUCAGGGGAUGGGAAAGCUCCAUCUGUUCCUGAAACCCUGAAGGGCUUCAGGUCAGAGUAAGUACUAGGCUAGAGGGAUAACAUGGCAUAAGACACCUUCCUGUAAAACUCUUUUUAUUAAUAGUUUAGGCGAGCACUGGAAUAGAGCACACUGGGCUAUACUGACUUUACUAUAAAGGCACUUCAUUUCCUCCCCCAAAUGCUGCCCGGUGAGUCUUUACUCUCUUACACAUACACACACACACAAACACACACUGUCUUUCUGGUUGGAGUCUGAUGGCCAUCCUUUGGUACCUGACAGCUUGCUGGUUCCUUACUCAUUAUUCACACGCAUACACACGUGCAUCUGUCUCAUUUCACUGUCCUUUCAUUUUUGUCUGGUAGACAAUACUGGAGAAGAUGGAUGGACAGUUGGAUCUGGUUUAAGGCAGCUUCUUAUCCUGCACCCCCCCACCCCCCAAGCAGCUGAGCAGAAUUUGCCAAAUUGAGCCACUUGACACACGGGAUGUGUUGAUUUACAAACUGCAUUUUGAAAAAUCUGAGGAUUUGGGGCGUUGAUUUUUAUAAUUUAUUUUUAGUGUAUGUUGAGCAAGUGCAAGGUUUUUAUUUAUUUGUGUUAGGGUUUUGUGGAAGUGUGUGUGUGUGUGUGUACACAAUCUUGGCUAGAUUAAGGAGGGAAGGAAGAUCCAAGGAAAGGGGCCAACUGCAUGCAUGAGAGUUGGGAAGUGGGGCUUUUAUUGCAGGUUCCCAAAACCUGAGUAGUUUCAGCUGCUACAGCUCAGGCAGCUUUUGGUUAACAACCUGAUCCCUGGAAACUUCUGUUUUUGAGCUCUGCCAAGAAUGCACCUUGGAAGUCUGGAGCAAAACGUGAGACUUUCACCCACAUCCAUGAGGAGCAGGCGAACUGAGAGACUCCUCCGGAUCCAGCCCUGGGUGGGUCUGCGCUCCUGUGAUUCUUGCUCUCCGGUGCUCUGCCUUAACACUCUGGGCUAUCUUCUCUUUCAAGUCUCCCCCAGCCCCUUGACAUGUGCCACCUUUUCAUGUACUGUGCCUCACCGGGCAGGAGUCCUUCCCUUCAAUUGGUUUGCAUGGGAAGAACUGGCUGUUGGCGAGGGCCUUGCAAGAGCCUGUAUAUUGCAAGCAAAAAACAAAAAAACCCAACAAACCAGACAAACAAAAUGUGAAUAUAAUGUUUGUUUUAAUAAAAAUAUAAUAACCAA